AUGCACUCGUGGUGCCGAAUUCUCUCGAUUUUGGCCCUCCUUUCAUCUGCAGUUGCUGUGCCAGCUUCCUCAUCAGUGACAUCAGCUCCGGCAGCUAGUCCAACUGUCCCUUAUGCCAGUGACGACCCCAACUAUCCUCUAUGGAAUGAAGAUGAAGACAUAAUCCCUGAAGCUAUCCGUGGCACCCUUGGGGCUUCCAUCCUUGGACCCCAAAAUAUUCCAAUGGAGCUGCAAAACCCCGACCUCUUAGCUCCUCCCACCACCGACGCCGGCUCUCUACCGAACUUCAAGUGGCCUUUUUCCUUAAGUCACAAUCGCCUUCAGACUGGUGGUUGGGCAAGGCAGCAGAACAUAAAUGAUAUGAGUAUCGCUACUGAUUUGGCAGGCGUCAAUAUGCGCCUGGAAGUAGGUGCCAUCCGUGAGAUGCACUGGCACAAUGACGGCGAGUGGGCAUAUAUUAUCCAGGGUGACCUUCGUAUCAGCACUGUAACUCCGGAUGGUCAAGUUUACGUCGGUGAUGUUUCACAAGGAGAUAUAUGGUACUUCCCUGCAGGCUAUCCCCAUAGUAUCCAGGCCAAAAAUACUUCAGCCGGUGGCGCAGAGUUUUUGUUGGUCUUCGACUCUGGCUCCUUCAGUGAAGAUUCCACUUUCCUUCUUACGGACUGGCUGGCCCAUGUGCCCAAAGAAGUUAUCGCAAAGAACUUCCAGGUAAAUAUCUCAGCAUUCGAUCACAUCCCAGCUAGCGAAUUAUACAUCUUCCCAUCUACUCCCCCUCCAUUGAAUAUUGAGUCGGACAUGGUCAUUCCGAAUGACACCCCAAUGCCUUUCACCUUCGCCAUGUCACAAGUCAACGCAACUCAGGCACCUGGAGGUUCAUACAAGGUCGUAGACACGCGUACCUUCCCUGUGUCUACCACGGUCUGUAGUGCUGAAGUAACUGUCGAGGUGGGCGGUAUGAGGGAGCUUCACUGGCACCCCACGGAACCUGAGUGGACUUUCUUCGUUUCGGGCCAAGCCCGCAUUACUGUUUACGGAUCCUCCGCUCAGGCAACUACAAUGGACUUCCAAGCUGGCGAUAUCGCAUAUAUUCCGCCAUCAUAUGGCCAUUACGUUGAGAAUACUGGCAAUUCCACGUUACUGUUUCUAGAAAUUUUCAGAUCAGGAUUGUUCCAGGAUAUCUCUCUUACUCAGUGGCUUGCACUGACGCCACCUGAGCUUGUCAAAGCACAUCUCGGUCUCGAUGACGCUACCAUUGCCAGUUUCUCGAGGGUCAAGCAAGAGGUCGUCGGGCCCGCCCAUUAA